UGCCGAUCUCCUCCACCUCUUUGACGGCAAACAGCGCGUAACCCGCCGCAUGCUCGAACAACACGUGUAACACCACCUACGGAAAGAAAUUGUGAAGCACUGAGGAGGAGAAUCAGACAACUACUGACUGAUUAAAGGAGCAUGGGGCAGAGUGCUUGAAGGAGCCUGUUGAGGAGCGGAUGUGAGGGAGGACAGUAAAAAGCUCAGGGAUCAGGAGACGGCUUGAUAUAAAGGCUGACUGGGACAGGCUGACACUCAGACCGGUGGAGCUCUGCUCAUCUUAAAGCACGCUUCCCCGAGCAACUGAAUAAGGCUGACGCAGCACGAGAGAGCAGGAUGAGCAUGCGCGGUGCAGUGGCUGGUUGCGUGGUGCUGGCGUGCCUGGUGGCGCUGCUGGUUGAAAGGACAGAGGGACACAUCACGUUCUUCAGCCCAAAGGAGAUGAAGCUGAUGAAGGAGCGAGAAGGCAGAAAGGACAUGGAGCCUCGAUCGGAGGACGGUCAGUUUGAAGAAGUCACCGUCCAGCAGGUUCCUCAGAUGGAGCAUGGUGGAAAUCAAGAUAAAACUGUGGAGAUCGCUGUCCGUCUUACUCCCAAACAGCUGGAUCACGUGGCUCCAGUGCUGGAAGAGAUCAUCCAUGACAUAGUGGAUCAGCGUCAGAAAGCUAAAUAGGAAGCCAAGGGCACAGGGGGACGAACACUGUAUAAACUCUUCAAAAAGUACUGGAUGCUCAAAUGUUUUAUUGUGUUUUAAUGAUUUUAGUCAAUAAAAUGAUGUGAUUGCGUAA